AUGCCAGCAAGAGGGACCGCUAGUAAAUCACAUGGUGGUAGCGAAUGGAAGCUAAGGGGCUACCGCCGUUCCACUUCAGCCCUACACGGAGCUUUGGAACUUCAGCAGUCCUCAAGUUGGAACGACGAUGAUGUGGAACAGAGCAAACCAAAGCGACGAUCACGAACGGAAGUGAUUGAUGGUCGCAAGAUCACUUUUGCAUUGAUGAGAGAGGUGAACCAAUUGCCAGAAACGAGUCGCAAAAAACGUCUUGAAUCGGAUUGGAGAAAUAUCAACGUCCAGAAAAGCAGUGUGCAUCGCAGAUGGGAACAUGAACUUCAACAGUAUCUGAUGCUUCAGUCGAUCCCUGUCCUCACGGUUUACUAUCUGGUCGUCUUUCUCUUCAUGAACAUAUUUUUCGCCAGUUUCUGGUACAUGACUGAAGAUAAGUGCUGUGAUGAUCCCUCCAUGACCUUUGCACAGAUCUUUGAUUUCGCGGUCCAAACCUCUUCUACGAUUGGUUAUGGUGGAUAUUGGCCGAAAGGAUACUUUAACAAUGCGUUGGUCGUAUUGGUAACUGUCCUUUCUAUUUGCCAAGCUACUGUCUAUGCCGGUUUACUCUUCUUUCGAUUCAUUACCCCACAGUGUCAUGUCCAGUUCAGUGAGGUCAUUACUAUGAGUAAUGUUUUGGGAACGCCUUGUUUUGAGAUUCGCAUUGGCAAUGCCGACGGCAAAGCCAACAAAUUGAUCAAUGUCGAUGCCAGUCUCUGUGUUACGUCGGUCCAAAAUUACAUUGAUCCUGACGACCAUUCGCCUAGAAAAGUGGUGCAGACGGAAGAUUUGGAAUUGGCCGUCAGCACGCAGCACAAAUUGAAUGGGGUUUGGACCAUUCGACACUUCAUAGAUGAAAAGUCGCCACUCCAUGGCUUGCGGUUUGAUGAAUUCCCGGGGAAGGAUAUCUAUAGCAUUCAAUUGAACGUCAAGGCCAUUCAAAAAGUCACCAAGGGCGAAGUCUAUAGUCAGACUGCCUACCAAGUCCACGAUAUUAUGGUUGGUCAUCGGUUUGAGGACAUGGCCAUUUGGGAUGAAGAAACUCGCAAAGGGUAUUUUGACUAUGCCAAGUUGUCGAGCAUCCAACCAUCCUUUGUCUGGUAUCCUGUGGAGGGUUCUGGGAUUAGUGAGAGCGUGCGCAGUAGUACCAUCAACAAUAGCAAGAGCAAUAGCGUCAACGGUAGCAUGCGCAGUGAUAGCAUGCAAAGCUCGACCAUUAUAGAGCAUGGAGUUCCUGACGACGAGGGCAUUAGCAGCACCAAUCUGAAAUUUGAAAAUGGAGACGUGAUCGAGGAGAACCCCGAAAACAAUGCUUCCGCCACCAUGAGGGCAUGA